AUGUCCUCCUCGUCCGCGCCCCCGCCGAAGGCGGUCGUAGACUUUGUGGCGGCGCACUCCGACGCGGAGGUCCUCGACAGCGGCAAGGUGCGCUGCUCCACCACGGGGCACGAGUGCCUCCCACAGCUGGACGUGCUGCGGGCGCACUGGGAGGGCAAGACCUACCGGAAGAAGGCGGCGCUGGUCGCGUACGACUUCGAGCAGCACGCGCCUUACCUGGUGCCGCACAAGCAGAGCAAGCACCUCCUCUACUGCACCGUGACGCGCCAGCCGGUCUCGCGCCAGCCGUCUGCGGUCGAGGGCCACGUCAACGGCAAGCGCUUCAAGCGGAUGCUGGCCGAGCGCGAGGCGGCGCAAGCCAAGCGCAAUCGGCGGCGAUGA